CUCGCGAUCCCCACCCUUCGGUGACGUUCUCGACGCGGUUACCCCUAGGUGACAGCAAGGUUACCGCUUUAUUGUGAAGCUUAGGCUAACACGGUAAACGGUCGCGAAGAUUCCCCUCCGGGAAUCCUCGACUUUGAAAAGUCGCGUUCUCGUUCCCCGCUUGUGACGCUCCUCGAGUUGUCAUACCCGGGUGACCCUACCGGUCAUCAAGGUAUUGUUGCCACGAAGACGGUUAUCGAAACGGUUCCCGAAUUCUGACAAACAAGUUUUUCAGAAGAUUUCGAAGGACCCCCUACCCUAGAGUCCUGGUUCGCGACAGCCGCAAUUGGCAGGCUCGCGGUCAUUCUGUCCUGGUACCUCGCUGUGCGCAGACCUUCUUUUGGGAAGCGACACGAUACCAAGGCACAUUAGUAGGUCGACUCCGAUCACCGUAGCUAUCGUCUAUAGAACCUUGCUCUCGAUUUAAAAGACCAUCUCGAGGUUUGCUCUCGCUUUAAUAGUUCUCCCGAAUCGCCGGUCAGUUGGGAAUUUCGAGGGAAUCUCUUGUGUUCCGUGGGCGUGCUCGCGAAGUCCGACCUUCCGGCAUAGGAUACCGUCGGUGUUCCGGUACACGCGUACACGCGUAGGCUCGCGAAUUCCUUCGGUGGAAACUGUCAGUGACAGUCAGCUCCCGAUUUCCUUCGUCGGUCGCCCGUCAUGGCCGAGGAGCAAGGGAAAGUGUUGCUCCCGUGCCCACCCCUGGGUGAAGAAAGCACGCCUCUCAACGCCUCAGGGGAGGACAAUGCUCCCGAGACCGCUGUUCCGGGGAUCCCGGCAUCGCAUCGGAGAAGGGCUCAGGCCUGGGGUCCGAUGCCCGCGAUCGCGACGUCCCAUCGGCCCGCCGCCGUGAGGACGCAUGCUCCCGUCUCCGACGAUACUCGUCAUAGGCUCUCGGUAAAACCCGGUCCGUCCAGGGGUACUCCCGGCACGACCCGCCGCAGGGUACAACCCCUGCGCGAGGAGUUCACGUCAUCCGAUGAGGAUAGGUUCACGCGACGACGGCGGAGAUUUCUGUCUCCUCACCGCGUGCUCCAGGAGGUCCGCCGAUGGGGCCUCUCGUUCUCGGGCCGCCCCGAGGAAGACGUAGAGGACUUCAUCUCUAUCGUCGAGGAGGGUCGCGCCAUGGUACCGGUUCAGGAUGAGGACCUCAUCCGAACGCUCUCGUUCUGCCUGACAGGCGUAGCCCGAACGUGGUAUCGGGAAGCUAGCGCCCUGCUACCGGAUUGGCCGGCCGCCAAGGCCGCGCUGAGAGAACGGUUCUCAGAUCCCGAUUACCAGAUCGCGCUUCGCGAGGAGAUCUCGCGGAGGACCCAGGGUGAACGGGAGUCAGCUCUCGAAUAUCUCGGGUGUAUGAACGGGCUAUUUUCCCGCCUGAGUCCACCAUGGACCGACGGGGAACGCGUUCGGUAUGCACACCGAAACAUGCUCCCGACCUAUCGUUUGGUGAUCCCGUUGCACGAUCGUCUGACGAUGCGCGAUCUCGAGCGCACAGCCGCCCGCCAGGAGCAGAUCCUGCGGAGCGUAGGGACCCGACGACCGCCACCUGGACCGGAGGCAUCCCUCUGCCCAGGAUUCGCUUGUCGGGACUCACCAGCACCGCGCAGGUUUUCUCGACGCACCAACCUCCGGGCCGUAAACGACCUCGACGUUGCGAGCGACGACCAGCUCUCGACAGGGGAGGAAAACCCGGCUCACGAUCUGCUCGAGGCAGUGCUACCGCCGCGUCAACAACGCGCAAGAACUAUCGGAGGAAAACCACCCGGUCCCUCCGGAUCUCGUACGGUUCCGAGAAAGGAACCGAUCUCGACUUCCUCGCGGACCAACCACGCUCGGAGGGAUGCUACCGCCGAAAAGCCACUGCUCCCGGAACGGGAGACAACGACCGCUCCAGCUCCCGAUCAACGUGCCUUCGACUGUUGGAACUGCCGCCAGUCUGGGCACCGACAUAGAGAAUGUCCGGAACCCCGACGUCUCUUCUGCUAUCGCUGUGGGCUCUCGGGCGUGAGUACAGCGCGUUGCACCUUCUGCAACCAGGGAAACGCGCAGAAAGGCGCGUGAGCCAGCCUCCCGCGCCUCCAGACUCGCCAAGCUCUCGCAUGCCGAAGCCUCGCCGACACGCUACCGGUCGUAAGAACGGAUUGAGGCCGCUAUCGAUAGAAGACACCGAUCCCGGCACGUCGGCGCGGGGAGUAGAUGCGCCAGAGGAAGACGUGAUAGUUAACGCAGCCCCGGAUUCGGGUGUUAUCGCAUUUCGGGUCGAGGUAAAUAUUUACGGUCGAUCUGUCAAAGCUCUCGUGGAUUCUGG